AUGAACGAACAGGACUUGGCUACGCAGGAGCUGCAAGACGUGCUACUGAAGAUGCGUAGGCUUGUCCAGCGUGGUGAAACGCUCAAGCAGUUCCAAGAGUCGCCACUGGUGGCCAAGCUGCGCUCCCCCAUGCAACUUCAUGGUCUAAGCAAUUUAAGCUAUAAUAUGCCAAUGACAACGAUGCAGAGGUGCUAUAGGCUCCGCAUGUGUAGGAGAUUGCAAUGGACUAGCCGACCUGAAUGGUAUCAAGAAUCAGGUGGCGCGACCUGCGAGAGGAAGUACCGCCCUUGUGACGUUGAUUACGCGACUUUAAGAUUCAAAUUAUGGCCUAGGAAUUCUUUUGAAUUUGUAAUCCGGGUAGACGCGGCACCAAAGCAAGCAAUCGGGUCUUGUAUCGUCUAUUUGUAA